UGUCGACUAUCUGGCAACCCUGUUCGUAACGCACAUGUGUUUUGCCAUUCGGCGCUGUGGUCAACAGAGCUGCUUCACUUAAGCCUGUAACGUAACACCAGGAAUUUGAUCUCUUUCUGUUAUAAAUAGACCUAUACGAAAUUCAUAAGGAUGGCAGAAUUGGUACCAGGCAAGUUGCUGAACGAGGGAAAGACAAAAAAGAUCUUUGAACUCCCUAACAACCGUGUUUUGGUUCAAUCGAAGGAUCGCAUUACGGCCCACAAUGCGCAGAAAGUAAAUGACCUCCAGGGCAAGGCAGCUAUAUCCACUAAAACCACUUGCCUACUGUUCGAGUACUUGGCGAAACUUGGACUUCCAAGUCAUUUUAUCAAACAGGAAACCGACACUGCGUUUGUUGCUGUCCGCUGUGACAUGAUUCUGAUUGAAUGGGUAACUCGACGUGUCGCCACCGGCUCGUUCCUCAAGCGCAAUCCUGGAGUCCAAGAAGGGUACAGAUUUUCACCUCCCAAAUUGGAAUUCUUUUACAAGGAUGAUGCGGCUGGCGACCCCCAGUGGUCAAGGGAACAAAUCAUUGAGGCCAAGAUGAACUGUGGCGGUCGUGUGAUAAGUGCUGACGACGUGGACAAAAUGAGUCGCAUAACUGUCGCUGUAUUUGAGGUUUUGGAGAAGGCUUGGUCCUCAUUGGAUUGCAGUUUGAUAGACAUGAAAAUUGAGUUUGGUGUCAGUGCUGAGACUGGUGAGAUUAUCCUCGCUGAUAUUAUCGACAGUGAUUCCUGGCGACUCUGGCCAUCUGGAGAUCGACGUUUGAUGAAAGAUAAGCAGGUGUAUCGUGACCUUAAAGAAGUGACCGAGGAAAGCCUGCAGGUGGUAAAGAAAAACUUUGAGUGGAUCAUGGAAAAAGUCAAGCUGUUUAACACUAAACCACCGGCUCAAGUUGUUGUAUUAAUGGGAUCCCCCAGUGAUGCGGAACAUUGCGACAAAAUCAAGAAAUCAUGCGAAGAGCUUGGAAUCCUGUGCGAGACGCGAGUGACCUCGGCUCACAAAGGCACUGAAGAGACUAUGCAAAUCCUUGCCCAGUAUGAAGGUUGCAGUAUCCCUAUCAUAUUUAUUGCUGUGGCUGGUCGAAGCAAUGGUCUAGGCCCGGUGUUGUCAGGAAAUACGCCCUUCCCUGUCAUCAAUUGCCCACCGAUCAAAGCAGAUUGGGGUGCACAAGAUAUCUGGUCUUCACUUCGCAUGCCAUCAGGAAUGGGUUGCAGUACAGUUCUUUCCACGGAGGCUGCAGCUCUGUGCGCAGCUGAGAUGCUUGCUCUGAGUGACCACACCAUCUGGGGGACGCUUCGCGUUAAGCAGCUCAACACCUGGUUAAAACUAAAGGAGGCUGACUGCAAAAUGCGCAAAGCCCAGCAAGAAAAGAGUGCCUAGAAAAACGUCACCGGUUAAUUUGCACUACACAUAUACAGGGUUAAUUGUUAAGAUAUAUUUUUUUUAUUCAUAAGAGAUGGCUAAUCUCUGUCCUAUCCAUUCCAUGUUUUUAUAUUUGUAACUGUGUUAGUAGUGAUCCAAGAUUGGUGGCAUUAUAAAUUAUGUUAAUUAGAACAGCAGCAAAUUUUGGUUUGACGUUUGUAACCAGGCGAUGAAUAAAUGUGCAUGUCUUUAAAAGAAAAUUAUCAAUGCAAGAAAGUAAUAUUGUAAUGUAAGAUUUUUUGAAAUGAGUCACAAUUAGUUCAUAUUCAUUUCAAAUUAUUAUUGUGUACAGCAUGUUCUUAUGUACAAAUAUGAAGCUGAAAAUAAGAGAAGCUUAUCAUUGAAAUCAGGCUGUGGUGCUGCCAUCAUAGAAAUAAAAGAAUUGCUGAAACCGA